CUCGCACGGAUUCUCACAAACCAGCCGUGGUUUAGACUCUCCCUCUCUCUCUCUCUCUCUCUCUCUCUCACCAACCCGUCUUUAUAACCACCAACACCACCACGUUUCUCUUCUGAAUCCAAACCCACAUCUCUGCACAAUUCCAUGGACUCCAGAAGGUCUUCCUCCUUCAGGGAGGACGUAGACGAUGGUCUCGCCUCUCUCGCUGCCCCCGGAAUCUCUGAACCCCACCGCCAGCCGCGCCCCCUCCACCACCACCACCACCCCUUGGUGUCUCGGCCUCUCUACUACAGUAGUGUCUCGCAGAGAAGAGCCAGCCUCAAGAGCUUCUGUGUUGGGUCUGCGAGAUCUGGGAGGUUUCACUACGACAAUGGAUUCGAUGAACAGCCCGAGUCCCAUUUCUUAGAUUCUUGUUUUCUCUGCAAGAAGCCUCUCUCCCAUAACAAAGACAUCUUCAUGUACAGAGGCGACACUCCAUUCUGCAGCGAAGAGUGCAGGCAAGAGCAGAUAGAGAUGGAUGAAGCCAAAGAGAGGAAGUGGAGUCUCUCUUCGGGGUCAAUGAAAGCCAUAAGGAAAGAGCAGAAGAGAUCGAAAUCCACCUCUCCAAGCAAAGGCGAAGACUGUGCUUUCCGUACAAGCACAGUGGCAGCCGCUUAAUCCGCCAAGAGACCACCAAAGCAUGCAUCAUCCAUAGUUUCCACCCCAAGAAAAGAAAAGAAAAUAAAGAGAAAAUCUACUAGUAGAGGAGGAGGAGGAGGAGGACAGGAGAGAGAGGACCCUUUUUUAACUUGAACUCUUGUCUGUAAAUGUAAAUGGUUAUGUGAGACCUUAUAUAUUUUUACUGGGCUUGCUCUUUUCUCGGUGUCGGUGGUGUUUUGAAUUUGAAUUUGAUGUUUUCUCCUUUGGGAGGGAAUACUACCCUCUGAUCGAUCAUAGUAAAAGUCUGAUGUAAGAACGCUAAAUACCAACCUAAACUUUCAUACUCCUCCCUGUUAGUUUCUUGUAAACCGCCAUCUCUGCAGAUGUAAGAACGCUAAAUACAACCUAAACUUUAUUUCUUA